AUGCUUCCAUCGGCGAGCGAGUCCCUGCUUGGCGCGCCGGCGCUCGCACCCGGCGCUGCCGCCCCGGCCCUCACGCUCAAGGCCGUCACAGCCGGCGUCGUGGUCGGCACGCUCAAUGCCUUCCUCCUCCUUUACUACGGCCUCAAGACGGGCGUGUUUCCCGCGCUCAACCUCUCUGCCGGCCUCGGAAGUUACCUGCUGUGCCGCACCUCGGUCCGCCUGUUCGGAGGAACGUUCACCGAGCAGGAGAAUGCGGUGGCGCAGACCGCGGCGACGGCGACGGCGAGCCUGGCGGCCCUCGGCUUCAACUCUGGAUUGCUGGCCAUGUCCAUCAAAAGCUACGAGGUGACGGGCGGAGCCAGGCUGGAGGGGAAUGCGGUCGGGCCGGGCAACACUGCCGAGCUGACCUUCCCCACCUGCGUGAUGUGGUGUGUCGCGGUCGGCCUGUUCGGCUCCUUCGUCGCGUGGCCGCUGAAGGACUCGAUGAUUGUGCGUCAGCGCCUCACCUAUCCAAGCGGCACCUGCGCGGCCCUCAUCAUCCGCUCGCUGCACGAGACUAGUGGCGAGGCCGCCUCCAACGGCCGCACCUCGCUUCGGGCUUUUGGCCUCGCCUAUGCGCUGCAGAUGUACCUCUGGUGCUUCGAGGGAAUCCAAUCCUGGCCCGUCUUUGGCCUUUCCGCCGCCGAGUUUGGCUGGACAUUCGAUUGGGACGUGUCGCAGCCGGCGCUUGGGAUCAUGCUCGGCGGCCGUGUCAACUACAGCAUCCUCCUGGGCGCGGUACUGGCAUACGGCGUCUUCACGCCCUACCUGGUGCAGGUGCGCAGCGGGGACUGCGAGGCGUGGAUCGGCGGCAGCGACGAGGCCUGCCCCUACUGGUUUGACGACGAGGCGGCGCCGUCCGUCUACGUCGGCUCGUUCGGCUACAUCGUGUUCACUGGCCUCGGUAUCAUGCUCGCGGACGGCUGCUACUCCAUCUGCGAGUUAGUGCGCAUGCUAGCACACGAGGCAACCAGCAAGGCGACGCGCCCCGCCGGCCCCGAGCCCUCGGCCGCGACGAAGGCGCUCGACCGGCUCUUCCUUGAUGACCGCGCGCUGCCGGCCUGGACGUCGCCGAUGGGAUACCUGGCCUUUGGGGCGGGCUGCGUAGCCAUCAUGCAACUCGCCUUCCAAGUCCAGUGGUAUCAGACGGUGACCGCCAUCGCCAUCAUCCCCGUGUUUGCCGUCGCAAUCAUGCAGGCCGUCGGACUGGCCGACUGGAACAUGUGCGCUUCCUUCGGGAAGCUGCUCAUGUUCGCGUUCGGCGCGUGGAACCGGUCGUCGGGAGAGAUUAUACCCUCCCUCGCGCUCUGUAUGGUCACCAUCGGAGGGUGCGGCGCCGCCGCCGACCUCAUGUCCGACUUCAAGACGGGGUACAUGGUGGGUGCCAAGCCGUCGCAGAUGUUUUACGCGCAGCUCAUCGGCGCCUCCUUUGGCUGCGUGAUCGUGCCCGCCUGUUUCGCCGUCCUGAACGCGGCGUUCGAGAUCCCCUCGCUGGACGGCCCGCUCAAGGCCGUCUUUGCGCCCAUCUACCGCGUGCUCGCAGUCGUCACCACCACCGGCGGCGGAGAGCUUCCGCGGCACAUAUUUGCGUGGAUGUUUGCGGGCGCGGCGCUCGCGCUCGCCCUUAGCGUGGCCAACGCGCUGCUCGAGGCGCGCGGGUGGCGCGAGACGCACCCCGCCCUAACCAGCCUCGUGCCGCUGCCCAUGUGCGUGGGCAUCGGCAUGCUGAUCCCCGCGGCCUCAUCGAUGGAGAUGGCUCUCGGCGGACUGGUUGCCGCCUGGCUGGAGCGGCGCAGCCCCAGCCUGGCGAGCCGGAGACCGUUUGUGGCCGCGGGGCUCAUCGCGGGAGGCGGGCUGGCGGCGCUCACACAGGUGAUCAUCAAGCUCGCCGGAGGCACGCCCCCGAUGGUGGUGCACUUUGGAGCGUUCCAAAAGCCGAUGCCCGAGCCUGGCCACAAGGACGACACCGCGACGCGCGCGGUGGCCGACUUCCUGCGCAACGAGAAGGGCAGCGGCCUCCGCACCAAGGAGGCCGUGCAGUACGAAAAGCGCGUCGAGUACUUCAAGGGCGCCAAGCUCAUCGACGCCCUCGUCGGCCCAAAGUACACGGGCAAGGUUGCAAAGGAGUCUCCAGUCAAGUCUCGCGCCGAGGCGGCAAAGAUUGGCCAGACGCUGCUCAGCCAGGGGUACUUCCACCGCUCUCAGCGCGUGGCGCACGCGCAUUCGCGGCGGUGGGAGCUUGAGAUGACGAACGGCCCCUUCGAGGAGGACGGGCUGUACACGUGGGUGUACGAGGGCUCCAAGACGAAGCUCUACCUGCUGACGGGGCUGCUGCUGCUUGGCGCGCUGGGGAUGUGCAUGAUCCAGGCGGGCGUGCGGCCGCCUGUCACUCCCAUCCUCUUCGCUCUCCUCUUCCUCGCCAUCUGGCCCCUCUGGAUGAAGAUCGGGGUGUGGUGGUGCAGCGUGACCUUCCUCACCACCUUUGGCGUGCUCUGCGUCGUUCGGCUCGGCCUCUUCAUCCUGAUGUGGAUCGUCGGCUUCCGCGGCAUCUGGUUUGGGAUGGUGAACAUCUUCAUCAUCUUUGGGCUGGGCGGGCUCUGGUGUAUGUCGAUGGGCUUUUUCGACGGCGAGAACGUGCCCGAUUUCGUCGCCAAGCGCGACGACCUGCAGUACUACUUCAAGGGCUUAGCUGCGCCCGAGGUUGCAAACGAGACGGCCGACGGCGACGGCCGCGACCCCUUCGCGGCGCCAGAGGAGGACGGCAGGGGACGGUUCUGACGCUGUCCUCCCACGCGCCCUCGUCGCUUCUCUCUCCCCUCUCGCCACCUCACAGCUCUAGACCUCACGUCUCGCACUAGCCGCGGCCCUUUUUGCAGGCGCGCCUCGCCGCUCUUAUCUCCGCCAUAUCAUGCGCCCCUUUUGACCGGGGCCGCGGCGCCGCGCUCUAGCCGUUAGCCAUGUGUGGGAGCACACCGCGCCGGUGUUCGGUGGGAGGUUUGUGUACAAAGUCGAGUGUACCGUC